UUUGGUUAUUUUUUAAAGUUUCUGAAAAACUGGUUUUCUAGAAAACUGGGUCUUCAAGAAACAUUGGGAAAAAUGCUUUAUGCCACUAGAAUCAGCUCGUCGAGCUCUAUCGAUUGGGAUACCUCUCGUUAGCAUCUGUGAUUAACACUUGGGAUAGUUCCCUCGUUAGAGAAUCAAGAACGCCUUACAUAAUCACUGAGUUUGUCGGAACAGACCUAAGUUUUUCUUUUCCAGUUGUAUAAAUAUUAUAUUUGAAUGAAAUGCAGAAUAUUUUAGAAACCAUUUUUAGAAAACCGUUUAUAUGAAUAUUUUAUUUCAAUAUUAAUGACUACAAAUGCUAAAUGCUAAUAAAUGUUUCAAACAUUUAAUAAACAUUUUCGUUACUACUCUACGUGUUAUUUAGUAUAUAAGCGACUAUUAUAUGAUCAAUGUACUUAGAUUUACUCAUAUCAUUCUCUAGAUAAGAGUCCUUUAGAUACUUACUAUAAGGGAAAAAGUUGUAAAAGUAAAGUGGUCAAUACUUUUAUCCUCUACUUUAAUUCAUGUUAAACUUCUUUCUUUAGCUGUACAUUCCAGUCCACCCAUAGACAGCUCAUCAACAAAUUUGAUUAUUAAUGAAAAUCGACAUCAAAAUGCCGAACUACGCUUGUCCUUAAAUAAAAUUGGCGAAAAAAUUGAUUUAAUAAACGAAAAGAUUGAAACAUCUCGUGGAGGUCUAUUUUCAUCAUCUCAAACGUAUCCGACAAUGGAAACUAGUAUUUUAUUAUACAAUAUUCAGCGUAUAGUCAAAGAAAAUGAAACAAUGAAAAAAGAUUUGUUUGAUCGUAGUUCAAAAGUGGAAGAAUUAAACCAAAAAAUUUCUGAAUUACUAGAGCGAAAUCAAAAAUUAGUUGAACAAAGUCAUCACACACUAGAACAACGCAAUGAUGUCGUUAAUAAUGUUUCAGAACAAACAGCGCAAAAAAUUCUCGAUUUAGAAAAGCAAAAAGUAUGUACGAUACUCUUCGAACAACGGAACUGAAUACAUCACUUAAAUGCCUUCGAUGAUGUAUUCGGUUUUCGUUUCGCUUUUUUCUGAAAAUCAAUUUUUCACUCACGAGGGAACCUCUCGAGGUGAUUAAAAGCUUUUCGACUCCGACUAUUUUCAUCAUGUAGGGAGUAGUCAGUAGUGAAAAACCUCAAGUUGGUUUGGGUCCAU